AUGCGCCCUUGUGAUAUUUCUAGGCAAUUACAAGUUUCUAAUGGAUGUGUUUCUAAAAUAUUAUCCCGUUUUAUGGAAUCCGGUACAAUUAAACCAAGGGCUAUUGGCGGGUUUGUUUUUAGAAAUUUUUAA